CUGAGCUGCUGAGCGGAGAGGUUCCUAAAAGGUGUCAGGAUGUAGCUGUUUAUUUCUCCAUGGAGGAGUGGGAGUAUUUAGAAGAACACAAGGAUCUCUACAAGGACGUCAUGAUGGAGAACCACCAGUCCCUCAUGUCAUCAGAUGGGACCAGUCUGAGAAAUCCACCAGAAAAAUGUCUUGGAUACCAGGAUUGUCCAGGAGAAAAGCAGAAUCUCCCACUGGAUUAUCAGGAGAGUUCUGGUGGAAAGACGAGUGGACUUGAAAAUCCGGUAACAGUGUCCGUAAAGGGUAAAGAUGGGAUGAGAGUAUAUCAUAAGCAUCUCCAUUUAUUUCACUAUCAUGAAGUAAAAGAUAACACCACACAAAAUAAUUCAAAAACUCCUAAUGUACCCUCAGUCCUUCACAACAGGGAUCUAUCCACUAAUACUGAUGGUCACAAGAAACCUUCAUUGAAUCCAUCACUGAUUGGUAAGACAAGAACUAAACAGAAGUGUGGAAAAAUAUUUCCUUGUGAAAAAGAUUUUAGCAAGAAAUCGAAUAUUUUUUUAUAUGAGAGAAAUUGCAAAGACAAAAGGUCAUUUUCGUGCUCAGAAUGUGGAAAAUCUUUUACCAUGAAAUGUGUUCUAGUUGCGCAUCAGAGAAUUCACACAGGGGAGAAGCCAUUUUUAUGCCCAGAAUGUGGGAAAUGUUUUAGUCAGAAAUUAAGUCUUGUUACACAUCGGAGAACUCACACAGGGGUGAAGCCAUUUAUGUGUCCUAAAUGUGGUAAGAUUUUUAGGACGAAAUCAUUGCUUAUACAACAUAUAAGAACCCACCCAGGGGAGAAGCCAUUUUCUUGUUCAGAAUGUGGGAAAUGUUUUGGUCAGAAAUCAUAUCUUGCGAAACAUUUAAGAAUCCACACAGGAGAAAGGCCAUUUUUAUGUCUUGAAUGUGGGAAGUGUUUUACUCUGAAAAAAGGUUUUGUUAGACACCAGAAAACUCACACAGGAGAGAAGCCAUUUUCAUGUCUUGAAUGUGGGAAGUGUUUCAGUCAGAAAUCAUAUCUUGUUAAUCAUCAGAGAACUCACACAGGGGAGAAGCCAUUUUCAUGUCUUGAAUGUGGGAAGUAUUUUAGUCAGAAAGUAGGUCUUGUUAAACAUCAGAGAACUCACACAGGAGAGAAACCAUUUUCAUGUCUUGAAUGUGGAAAGUAUUUUAGUCAGAAAGUAGGUCUUGUUAAACAUCAGAGAAUUCACACAGGGGAGAGGCCAUUUCCAUGUCUUGAAUGUGGGAAGUGUUUUGGUCAGAAAGCAGUUCUUGUUAAACAUCAGAGUAUUCACACAGGGGAGAAGCCAUUUUUAUGUCUUGAAUGUGGUAAGUGUUUCAGUGUGAAAUCACAUCUUGAAAUACAUCAGAGAAUUCACACAGGGGAGAAACCAUUUUCUUGUCUUGAAUGUGGCAAGUGUUUCAGUCAGAAAUCAUAUCUUGUUAAUCAUCACAGAACUCACACAGGGGAGAAGCCAUUUUCAUGUCUUGAAUGUGGGAAGUAUUUUAGUCAAAGAGCAGGUCUUGUUAAACAUCAGAGAAUUCACAAAGGGGAGAAGCCAUUUUCAUGCCUUGAUUGUGGGAAGUGUUUUAGUCAGAAAGAAGGUCUUGUUAAACAUCAGAGUACUCACACAGGGGAGAAACCAUUUUCUUGUCUUGAAUGUGGGAAGUGCUUCAGUGUGAAAUCACAUCUUGUAACACAUCAUAGAACUCACACAGGGGAGAAGCCAUUUUCAUGUCUUGAAUGUGGAAAGUGUUUUAAACAGAAAGCAGGUCUUAUUAAACAUCAGAAAGCUCACACGGGGGAGAAGCCAUUUAUUUGCCUUGAAUGUGGGAAGUGUUUUGGUGUGAAAUCAGUGCUUAAAAUACAUCUCAAAGUUCAUACAGGGGAGAAGCCAUUUUCAUGUUCAGAAUGUGGGAAAUCUUUUAGUCAGAAAUCAAGUCUUGUUAUACACGAGAGAACUCACUCAGAGGAGAAGCCAUUGUAAUGUUCAGAUUGUAGAACAUAUGACAUAUGAAAACUUCUGCCUAAUUAUGCCUUUUGAUGUAUGACAAAGGGGGUUGUCUGGUUUCCCAUAUUGAGGACCUAUCCCCACAACAGGUCAUCAAUAUCAGAUUUGCAAGCGCCUGACUCUCAACAACCCCGAUAAUCAGUAGAGACUGCAGCACUUGUACAAAUGCUGUGGUUUCUUCACUGUUUACCUGAUAUGCCAUCAGCACUGCAGGAGCCAUACAGAGUAGUUAGAGCUUCUCUGUUCCACUCACUUGAAUGGAAUUGAGAAGUUGCAGUUACAGUGAGCGACAGCUGUAGUGUUGUCAGUUGUGCUUGUAAUCAAUGAAGGGACUGCAGUGCUGAGGGUUCCCUGAGUCGGGCCCCUGCUGAAGUAAUUUUGAUAGUAUGCCAGAUGUCUACUUUCAGAAAAUAUUUGGUUAUUCACAAUGUUGAAUGGAGUUUCCCUCUGUAAUGAUCAUCCGGUUUUCUUCAUAUGCCAUAAUAAUAUAUUAGGAAAGAUCUUUCCAUGUUGUUUCAUUAUAUUUUUAGUUUUUAUACAUGAUUUAGGUGUUGUGGUCAGGUUUCUUACCUGAAAAUAAAA